AAUUUAUGUCACCGCACUAAUUAGAUGCCAUCUGGGUGGUUCCUCCCGGGUUUGGGAGCCCAUCACCCAGCUCCCGAAGAGCCAGAGGCCAAAGAGGAGAGCAUAAUGAUGGACCUUUUCGAAACGGGCUCCUAUUUCUUCUACCUGGACGGGGAGAAUGGAGCCUUGCAGCAACUGGAGAUGGCCGAGGGCUCCCCUCUGUACCCGGGCAGCGACGGCACCCUGUCUCCCUGCCAGGACCAAAUGCCCCCCGAAGCCGGGAGCGACAGCAGCGGCGAAGAGCACGUACUGGCCCCCCCGGGCUUACAACCGCCUCACUGUCCUGGUCAGUGCCUUAUCUGGGCCUGUAAAACUUGCAAGAGGAAAUCAGCCCCGACGGACCGGCGCAAAGCAGCCACCCUGCGAGAGAGAAGACGCCUGAAGAAGAUUAAUGAGGCCUUCGAGGCCCUGAAGCGCAGGACAGUGGCCAACCCCAACCAGAGGCUGCCCAAAGUGGAGAUACUGCGGAGCGCCAUCACUUACAUCGAGCGGCUGCAGGACCUCCUUCACCGGCUAGAUCAGCAGGAGAAGAUGCAAGAGCUGGGGGCAGACCCCUUCAGCUACAGCCCUAAGCAAACAAAUCUCCCCAGUUCCGAUUUCCUGAGCACCUGCAGCUCUGAAUGGGAAAAUGUUUCUGAUCAUUCCAGGGCCCUAGCCAUAAGUCCCAGAGAAGUCGGAGGGCCCAUAAUCGAGUCAUCUGCCUCCAGCAGUCUUCGGUGUCUUUCUUCCAUCGUGGACAGUAUUUCCUCAGAAGACCCUAAGCUUAUCAACGUGGAGGAGGUGGUGGAGAAAUAAGGAACCAUUUUGCUGGUUCUGGAGGGAUCUUAGCUUCUGCUGGAACAUUGUUCCCUGCUCCACCCCCACCCCCACCCCAUUCCUAACCUUUAGAUUAGGUUACAUUGCAUUAAUACUUAGAAAACCAUGCCCAAGAUCUUCUGGAAGAUGGAAACAGAGUAAUAUCUUCUCAGAAAAACAAAACAAAACCAAAACAAAAAAUCAAAACAACAACAACAACAAAAAUCCCACAAAGAGCUGUGUACAUUCAGACGGAAAAGCCUUUGCUUCUCUGAACCUCUGCUGAGAUGGACUGUCCUUUCAAGUUUUCAUUUUUUAUUUUAAUUUAUUAGGUUGACUUUUAUUAUAAUUAUGCCCACCCCAAUCCAGAGAAGUUCAUUCCUGUCUGAAACCAAGUGGGAAAUUCGUGGUUUAAUGUUAAUUUUAUUUAAUGUGUACUCCGUGUUGGUUUUUUCUUUUCUUUCUUUCUUUUUUCUUGUAAAUACUUUUAGUACUUUCUCUUUUUUAUGUAAAUGUAAGAAAUGUAUUUAAGAUGGGGAAUGCAGUACUGUAUAUAAAUGGUUCGAAUAAGAUAGUAUUGUACAAAUAAAAGGCCUUUCUAUAUUCUCCAAACCUAUCAGAAUGACCGACAAUUGGCAAAGGUAUUUAGAUUCUUAGUUUUGGAGAUUUUUCUCCAUGUUGUACUUUUGGGAAAACACAGAAUAGAGAGGGGAUUCAAAAAAUGGCCUUUCCACUUUACCAAAAAGGGUUUAAAUGGAGAGUGUGUGGGGGGGGAGGGGGGGAAAUUCAGGGUAAGGGAUUGGAAUUUGUCUAGAUCAUUUGGAUUCCUUCUUUUUGUAUGCAUUGGAUUCUGUUCCUCUUCUUCUGUGCUCCAAUCCAAGAAGGUAAAUAUAUUGUGUCUCACCCCACACCCUCUCUCACUUUUUACCAUAUUCUCUCCACCUAAGAAAAUCUGAACUUGCUAGGAAAUGAAUAAAAACACAGAUAGACAUA